CGGCUGAAGCGACGGUGGGUGGAGUACAGGAAGCUGCUGCUGCUGUCCUCGGCUAUCUGAUCAUGGCCCAAAUCUAAUUCCAGCGCAAACGCCACGAGCCACGAGCCGAGACUGCGGACUUUCGCGAUUUGAUAUCCGUGCUUUCCCUUUUUUUUUUCUCGACUUGAUUUGCGGGGAGGAUCGAUCGAGGAGCUCCGGCAAGAUGUCUCGGGGAGUGAUCCAGCCCAGCCAGCAGAAGCUGGCCGAGAAGCUCACCAUCCUCAACGACAGAGGCAUCGGGAUGCUGACCCGUGUUUACAAUAUCAAAAAGGCAUGUGGAGACCCCAAGGCCAAGCCCUCCUACCUGGUGGACAAGAACCUGGAGUCUGCCGUCAAGUUCAUCGUCAGGAAGUUCCCCGCUGUGGAGACACGGAACAACAAUCAACAGCUGGCUCAGCUGCAGAAGGAGAAGUCGGAGAUUCUGAAGAACUUGGCCCUCUACUACUUUACCUUUGUGGAUGUCAUGGAAUUUAAGGAUCAUGUGUGCGAGCUGCUCAACACCAUUGAUGCGUGCCAAGUUUUUUUUGACAUUACGGUGAACUUUGACCUGACGAAGAACUACCUGGACCUGGUCGUGACUUACACUACACUCAUGAUCAUAUUGUCGCGCAUCGAGGAGAGGAAAGCCAUCAUCGGCCUGUACAACUACGCUCACGAGAUGACGCACGGAGCCAGCGACCGUGAGUACCCCAGGCUGGGCCAGAUGAUCGUGGAUUACGAGAACCCUCUGAAGAAGUUGAUGGAAGAGUUUGUCCCACAUGGAAAGUCUCUGUCUGACGCGCUGAUCAGCCUUCAGAUGGUCUACCCCAGAAGGAAUCUGUCCGCCGACCAGUGGAGGAACGCCCAGCUGCUCUCGCUCAUCUCGGCUCCGUCCACCAUGCUCAACCCGGCGCAGUCAGACACUAUGCCCUGUGAAUACUUGUCCCUGGACGCGAUGGAGAAAUGGAUAGUUUUCGGUUUCAUCCUGUGUCACGCGGUCCUGAACAGCGACGCGGCGGCGCUGUCGCUGUGGAAGGUGGCGCUGCAGAGCUCCACCUGCCUCUGUCUGUUCAGGGACGAAGUCUUCCACAUCCACAAGGCUGCCGAGGACCUUUUUGUCAACAUCCGAGGGUACAACAAGCGCAUCAACGACAUCCGAGAGUGCAAGGAACAGGCCCUGUCCCACGCGGGGUCCAUGCACCGAGAGCGACGCAAGUUCCUCAGGUCCGCCCUCAAGGAGCUGGCCACCGUCUUGGCGGACCAGCCAGGCCUGCUGGGCCCCAAGGCCUUAUUUGUCUUCAUGGCUUUGUCAUUUGCCCGAGACGAGAUCAUCUGGUUGCUCCGACACGCCGACAACAUCCAGAAGAAAAGCACAGAUGACUUCAUUGACAAACACAUCGCGGAGCUGAUCUUCUACAUGGAGGAGCUGCGAGCCCACGUGAGGAAAUACGGCCCCGUCAUGCAGAGAUACUACGUGCAGUACCUGUCGGGCUUCGACGCCGUCGUACUCAAUGAGCUGGUGCAGAACCUGUCCGUAUGUCCGGAGGACGAGUCCAUCAUCAUGUCUUCAUUUGUCAACACGAUGACCUCGCUCAGUGUCAAACAAGUCGAGGACGGCGAGGUGUUCGACUUCCGAGGCAUGAGGCUCGACUGGUUCAGACUGCAGGCCUACACCAGCGUGUCCAAGGCCAGUCUCGGCAUCGCCGACCACAAGGAGCUCGGCAAAAUGAUGAACACCAUCAUCUUCCACACCAAGAUGGUGGACUCGCUGGUGGAGAUGCUGGUGGAAACUUCAGACCUCUCGAUAUUCUGUUUCUACAGCCGUGCAUUUGAGAAGAUGUUCCAGCAGUGCUUGGAGCUUCCCUCGCAGAGCCGCCACUCCAUCUGCUUCCCUUUGCUUUGCACACACUUCAUGUCCUGCACACACGAGCUCUGUCCCGAGGAGCGUCACCACAUAGGGGACCGCAGCUUGUCGUUGUGUAACAUGUUUCUGGAUGAGAUGGCCAAACAAGCCCGAAACCUCAUCACCGAUAUCUGCACUGAACAAUGUACCCUCAGCGACCAGCUGCUUCCCAAACACUGCGCCAAGACCAUCAGCCAGGCCGUCAACAAGAAGAGCAAGAAGGCCACGGGGAAGAAGGGCGAGCCGGAGAGAGAGAAACCGGGUGUGGAGAGCAUGAGGAAGAACAGACUACUGGUCACCAAUCUGGACAAACUGCACACGGCGCUGUCGGAACUCUGCUUCUCCAUCAACUACGUUCCCAACCUGGCGGUGUGGGAGCACACGUUCACGCCGAGGGAGUACCUCACCUCCCACCUGGAGAUCCGCUUUACCAAGUCCAUCGUGGGCAUGACCAUGUACAACCAGGCCACUCAGGAGAUCGCCAAGCCCAGCGAGCUGCUGACCAGCGUUCGGGCCUACAUGACGGUGCUGCAGUCCAUCGAGAACUACGUCACCAUCGACAUCACGCGCGUGUUCAACAACGUGCUGCUGCAGCAGACGCAGCACCUGGACAGCCACGGCGAGCCCACCAUCACCAGCCUCUACACCAACUGGUACCUGGAGACGUUGCUCCGGCAGGUCAGCAACGGCCACAUCGCUUACUUUCCGGCCAUGAAGGCCUUCGUCAACCUGCCCACGGAGAACGAGCUGACGUUCAACGCCGAGGAAUACUCCGACAUCUCAGAGAUGCGUUCGCUGUCUGAGCUGCUGGGACCGUACGGCAUGAAGUUCCUCAGCGAGAGCCUCAUGUGGCACAUCUCCUCGCAGGUGGCCGAGCUCAAGAAAUUAGUGGUGGAGAACAUGGAGGUCUUGACCCAGAUGAGGACCAGCUUCGACAAGCCCGACCACAUGGCAGCGCUCUUCAAGAAGCUCACAUCAGUGGACAGCGUCCUGAAAAGGAUGACGAUCAUCGGCGUCAUCCUCUCCUUCCGCUCCCUGGCCCAGGAAGCCCUCAGAGACGUGUUGUCGUGCCACAUUCCCUUCCUGGUCAGCUCGGUGGAGGAUUUCAAGGACCACAUUCCCAGGGAGACGGAUAUGAAGGUGGCCAUGAACGUCUACGAGCUGUCGUCCGCCGCAGGGUUGCCGUGCGAAAUCGACCCGGCGCUGGUGGUGGCGCUGUCCUCGCAAAAGAGCGAGAACAUCAGUCCGGAGGAGGAGUACAAGAUUGCCUGUCUACUGAUGGUGUUUGUGGCCGUUUCCUUGCCGACGCUGGCCAGCAACGUGAUGUCGCAGUACAGUCCCGCCAUUGAAGGCCACUGUAAUAACAUCCACUGCCUGGCCAAAGCCAUCAACCAGAUCGCCGCCGCGCUCUUCACCAUCCACAAAGGAAGCAUCGAGGACCGCCUCAAAGAGUUCCUGGCGCUGGCGUCGUCAAGCCUCUUGAAGAUCGGCCAGGAGACGGACAAAAUGACGACGCGUAACAGAGAGUCGGUUUACCUGCUGCUGGACAUGAUUGUGCAGGAGUCCCCGUUCCUGACCAUGGACCUGCUGGAGUCCUGCUUCCCUUACGUGCUCCUGCGUAACGCCUACCACGCCGUCUACAAGCAGAGCAUCAGCGCCAAUGCAUGAACACACACAAACGCACAUUCCGUCUGCUUCCUGCGUAGACGCACAACUGACACUACACAAAAACACGCCUUGACACAUUACAGCGUUCCUCGCCUCAUUCCCGAUUCACUACUCUCGAUUUUUACGUGAAAACAAUCCACUGUUAUUUGCUGAAAACUCCAAAUAACUUAAAACGCCACAAUGUCACGCCUCAGCCAUGUCUAAUGGAAAAGUAGUGCUUUGGCACCACCUUGUGGCAUCGAUUGGAAGCGCUGAACCUUUCCGGGGGUGCGUCAAUACCGGCAGCAGGGCUCGGUCCGCAUCCCACGCAACUUUUGGGUGAUUGCAGUCGGAAGAAAAUCUGUUCACUUCAACAUAGUUCCUUGGUGCCAGGAGAAAUGGUUUUGUUGCUUUGUGCAAUUUUUUUUUUUUCCAGCAAAUAACAAAGGAUCAAGUGUUAAAAAAAUAUUAAAAAGUUGCAGAUAAAUGAAUUUGCAAAUGCCGAAACACAAAGAUAAAGGGAGGGGGGGGGGGUCAAUGUAUGUACUACUACCAAGUAAAAAAAAAAAAAAAAAAAAA